ACGCUAAUAUCAGUAACAAAGACAAUAUCUUUCAUAUUGCGUUCGGAUUUCAUCAGAAAAAUAAAUAUUUAAAAAAAAAUUAUAAAAGAAAAUGGCGUGCGUGAAAUUAAAUGUCUGCUGUUGUUGCUUUAGCUUAAAACUUGGAGUUCUAAUACUUGGUAUUUUUGGAAUAAUUGGAUCUAUAUAUAUGACUGCAAUUCCAUUUAGUGGCAAUGAUCAGUUAUGUAUAAAAUUCUAUUAUAACAAAUGUGGAGAUUUAAACGGAGGUGAAAGAGCAGGGAUUACUUUAUAUAAUUUAAUUGGGAUGUUUGUUACUAUAUUAAUGAUAUAUGGAUCAGAAAAGAAUAUUCACACACUAAUGCUACCGAUAAUAGUAAUGUAUUUAAUUGGUCUAAUUUGGUCCGCUGUUAUUUUUUUGUUGAUAUCAAUUGAGUCCUUCAGGGAAGUAGACGCCACGUUUGGAACAAUCAUGCUUAUUCUCGGAGGUUUAACAACAGCGUUAUUAUUCUAUUUCUGGAUGGUAAUAUAUUGCAGAUACAAAGAAGUAAAAGUUGAUCAGAUUCCUUUCAAUCCUAUGGAAAAUCGACCUUUGCACCCAUAAAUUUAAAAUAAAUUCUAUAAACCAUACGAAUUUAUACCACGCAUAUAAAUAAAAUUUUUUUUAAACCUA